CGGGGGCCGUUGGCUCCAGACAAAUAAACAUGGAGUCCAUCUUCCACGAGAAACAAGAAGGCUCACUUUGUGCUCAGCAUUGCUUGAAUAAUCUAUUGCAAGGAGAGUAUUUUAGCCCUGUGGAGUUAUCUUCAAUUGCACAUCAGCUAGAUGAAGAAGAGAGGAUGAGAAUGGCAGAAGGAGGAAUUACUAGUGAAGACUAUCGCACAUUUUUACAGCAACCUUCUGGAAAUAUGGAUGACAGCGGGUUUUUUUCUAUUCAAGUUAUAAGCAAUGCCUUGAAAGUUUGGGGUUUAGAGCUAAUCCUGUUCAACAGUCCAGAGUAUCAGAGGCUCAGGAUCGAUCCCAUAAACGAAAGAUCAUUUAUAUGCAAUUAUAAAGAACACUGGUUUACAGUUAGAAAAUUAGGAAAACAGUGGUUCAACUUGAAUUCUCUCUUGACGGGUCCAGAAUUAAUAUCAGAUACAUACCUUGCACUUUUCUUGGCUCAACUACAGCAGGAAGGUUAUUCUAUAUUUGUUGUUAAGGGUGACCUGCCAGAUUGUGAAGCUGACCAACUCCUGCAGAUGAUCAGGGUCCAACAGAUGCAUCGACCAAAACUUAUUGGAGAAGAAUUGGCACAAUUAAAAGAACAGAGAGUCCAGAAAACAGAUCUGGAACGAGCCUUAGAAGCAAAUGACGGGUCAGGAAUGUUAGAUGACGACGAGGAGGAUUUGCGGAGGGCUCUGGCACUGAGUCGCCAGGAAAUUGACAUGGAAGAUGAAGAAGCAGAUCUCCGCAGGGCUAUUCAGCUCAGUAUGCAAGGUAGUUCCAGAAAUACAUCUCAAGACAUGCCACAGACAUUAGGUACACAUCUUACUUCAGAGGAGCUACGGAAGAGAAGAGAAGCCUACUUUGAAAAUCACAACUCAGAAGUAUAUGAAGGAAAGUUCUGAUCAACUGACAUCCUCUUAAUGUGAGAUAUUUCUAGU